CAGGCGUGAGCACUUCCGGGUCAUCUCAGAUUGAGAGUGUUGUUGACUCGAGCUCGGUGUUUCUCGUUCUUCUAUUUUCUCUGUAAAUGUCGCAAUGAUGUAGAUAAGGAGAAUAUUUGAGCCCCUCCAUGACACGCGCUACCGGCCUCCGUCCCCGCGGGAUUCGGCGUGAAGACUGUGAGGAGUGAACGACUGAAAGGAGGGGAGGAUGUGGCAGAGUGUUGGUUUGACGGUGUUGGUGAUCGUGGCCACGCUGAUAUGUGUCCUCCUCUUCAUGCUCUUCGGGUGGUAUGUGGUGUGGCAGCUCUUCCUGUCUAAGUUUAAGUUCCUGCGGGAGUUGGUGGGUGACACCGGUUCCCCGCAGGCCGAAACCGAGCCCUCCGAGUCCGAGAGCGAACGCAGCUCGCCCCCGACACCCCGCCACCGACCCAAGAGCGCUCGCCAAAGGAUCGUCCCUCCUGACAGCACUACAUAGAGCCUGAACCGACAUCUCCUCCACUUCACCCUCAGAACCGUGAGGUUAUUUCCUGUCACAUCUGUAACGGACCUGCAUCAGUUACUGUGAUCUCCUUCACAUCCACUCAGCCAUCAUGGUUACACGCGUUCUCCUCGUCGGCUCGGACACGUCAUGUUUUUUUUUUUUGUGUGCAUCGGCUCGACCACACGUUCAUGUCCCAACUAACACGCUGCUACCCUCGGCUCCGGCUGCACGGAUGUGUAAAUAUAUUUGCGUGAGAGCGUAUCGGUAUGUGUUUGUUACUGUUUACCUGUUCUGUUAUUACUCAAGCUCACAAAAACAUACUGACGAUCAAACAUCCAGUGUCUCCGUGAGCUAACAGCACUACUAUUCACACUGACAUCCCACUGGCUCCGACAUCUGUCCAACACGUGCAAUGAAAUCUUCUUUAUGUUUCUUUGGGGUUGAAAUGUUAUAAAGAAAACAAACAUUUUGACAGGACUGCACACCCAAACGAUGAAAUUUAGAAUGAUGUUGUUGUAAAAUUUCCUUUGCUCCCGACAGCAUAGUGCUUUGAGACGGCCGUCAUCGGUCGCUCCGCCCCGCUCUUGUGCCUCUGGCUUGGGCUGAAGUCAUCCUGUUUGAGUGGAUGAUCUCGAUAUGCCUGUAAUUCCCUGCUUUAUAAAAGCGUUAGAGCUAAAGAUGCCGCACUGACCCCAGGUCAGCCUGACCCUGCCCGUGUGUGAAACUGUGUGCAGGUCGACUUCUAAUGAAAUGCCGUUAUCACCAAUGUAGACGGUCACGUGUUUUGUUACAUGUUUUUUUUUGUCCCUUUUAUGACAGUAGAUUUUUCCCCUUCAUAAUAAAUAUAUUUCAUAAAACAA